GCAUGCGCCGCGAAGGGAAGUAAUUGGCAGGAAUUGCUAUAGUGAGCCAUGCCGACUGUCGGCGUGAAGCGAGAUCUGCUUUUUCAAGCCUUGGGAAGGAGUUACACUGAUGAAGAAUUUGAUGAACUGUGUUUUGAAUUUGGUUUGGAACUUGAUGAAAUUACUUCCGAGAAGGACAUAAUAAGCAAAGAAAAAGGUGAUGGAAAAGCAGAGGGUGCAUCAGAAACUAUUCUGUAUAAAAUUGAUGUUCCUGCUAAUCGAUAUGAUCUCCUUUGUUUGGAAGGCCUAGUCAGAGGUCUUCAGAUUUUUAAAGAGAGAAUAAGGGCUCCACGGUAUAAAAAAAUUACCCCACCCAAUGGUGAAAUUCAGAAACUUACCAUUAAUGAGGAGACAGCCCAAGUCCGUCCUUAUGCAGUGGCUGCAGUACUUCGUAAUAUAACUUUUGUCAAAGACCGCUAUGAUAGUUUCAUUGACCUACAGGAAAAAUUACAUCAAAAUAUAUGCAGGAAGAGAUCAUUAGUUGCAAUUGGUACCCAUGAUCUAGAUACAAUCUCUGGCCCAUUUAUAUAUACAGCUAAACCACCACCUGAAAUUAAAUUCAAACCAUUGAAUCAGGAUAAAGAAUACAGUGCUCCUGAAAUCAUGGAAAUGUACAGGAUGGAUAGCCAUCUUAGACACUAUCUACAUAUUAUUGAAAAUGAAUCACUUUAUCCAGUUAUCUAUGAUAGCAAUGGUGUUGUUCUCUCAAUGCCACCAAUAAUUAAUGGAGAACAUUCAAAAAUUAGCCUCAACACUAGAAAUGUGUUCAUUGAGUGUACAGCCACAGAUCUUACCAAGGCAAAAACUGUACUCGAUAUCCUGGUUACAAUGUUUAGUGAAUAUUGCAAUAAACCAUUCACGGUUGAAGCAGUAGAAGUAACUUAUCCUAAUGGAAAAAGCUACAUCUUUCCAGAGCUGCCCUAUCGUCGUGAAAAGAUAAAGCCUGAAAUAAUUAAUAAGAAGAUAGGAAUUAGUGAGACACCAUCAAGCCUUGCAAAGCUGCUGACUAGAAUGUGUUUGAAGUCACACGUCAUAGGAAAUGGGAACAAUAUAGAGGUUGAAAUCCCACCUACAAGAGCUGAUAUUAUCCAUGCAUGUGAUAUCAUAGAAGAUGCAGCAAUAGCGUAUGGCUAUAAUAACAUUCAGAUGACGAUUCCAAAAACGUACACCAUAGCUAAUCAAUUUCCUCUCAAUAAACUCACAGAACUUCUGAGGCAAGAUUUGGCCGCAGCAGGAUUUACCGAAGCCCUCACUUUUGCUCUGUGUUCCCAAGAAGACAUCGCUAGUAAGUUGGGGAUUGAUAUUUCUGCAACAAAAGCUGCACAUAUAGCCAAUCCCAAAACAGCUGAAUUUCAGGUAGCACGGACUACAUUGUUGCCUGGACUCUUGAAAACUAUUGCAGCUAAUAAAAAGAUGCCUUUACCUCUGAAACUCUUUGAAAUUUCUGAUAUUAUAGUGAAAGAUUCCACCAUGGAUGUGGGUGCAAAAAACCACAGGCAUCUUUGUGCUAUCUAUUAUAACAGAAACCCUGGGUUUGAGAUAAUUCAUGGGUUGCUGGAUAGAAUCAUGCAGCUCCUGGAAAUCCCUCCAAGUAAAGAGAAUGGAUAUUAUAUUAAAGCAGCUGAAGACUCUGCUUUCUUCCCUGGUCGAUGUGCUGAGAUCUUUGCCAAAGGACAGAGCAUUGGUAACUUGGGAGUUCUUCAUCCUGAUGUUGUCACCAAAUUUGAGCUCACCAUGCCCUGUUCUGCCCUAGAAAUCACAAUUGAGCCUUUCCAGUAAGAAGAACAUCAUCCUUUGGCCCAACUUCAUUCUCCAUUUUAUUUUGUACGUCAAAGUAUUAGACCAAUGUUACAGUAGGCUUUAUUGGGAUUUAAUAUCGUAUUACUGUAAUAAGAAAAGUUUUUUUUAACCAGUUAAAGGCUCUUUUUAACAGUUAAGGACAUCAAUCUUUUAAAAAAACAAGGCAAAGUUCAGUCAAGUAUCAUAAAUAUGUAUUGGCUAAAUAUUUUUUUGUUUCCUCAAAUAGUUUAGUGAUUGAAAUAUAGACUGUUAACUUAUUAUAGCUGCUCCAAAUAGAGUGCUAAUUUAUAAAAACAUAUAUGAACUAAAUUGAGAGGUUAAAUUUGUCCUGAUAAUAAACAUACAUGUUUCUUGUAAGCUAAAACAAACUUGUUUUUCCACCCAUGGUAGCUACACCAUAAUUUUUUAUUCUAUUAUGAAGGGGGUCAAAAUACACUUAUUUGCCUACUCACUCACCCUUAGUUGUAGUAGAAACAAUUGUAAGCAGGUGUGUUUUAGAGUAAAUUAUCCAUUGACUCUCUUUCCUAUACUAGAAAUAGAAUUGGGAAGCUUUUUCAUUUGUAUGUAGUUGCAAAUGCCUAAAUAUCUUUUUGUCUCUUAGACAUGAUGUUUUCUUGCAAAUUUUCAUAUUGAGUAAAUAAGUCUUCUGAUGGGGAAAAAAAAUCCCCAACUAAUGAUCUUAGGUGAUCUCCAUUUUGGUUUAGUUGUGGUAGUUAUGAGAUUACAGGGAAUUGAACCAAAAUUUUGGACACUAGUGAUAUAUGCUGAAAAUCUCAAUUGUUAAGUAAAUUCCCAAUAAAUACCUUUAACACAUAGACCACUAGGAUGGAGUGAUCAAAUUAAUGGAGGAAAGGCUAUAGAAUGUCUGUUUUAAAUGUUAAUCAUGUGCCCAUUACCUAGUGUCCAUAUCUAGUUCUGUAUGUUUGCAGUCUUAUUUAACAUUUUAAUUCAGAUUCUACAUGAACUAAAAGUGUAAUCAGAAAAUACUGUAUAUUUGUUAGCGCUUCCUUGCUAAGAGUAUUUGAUAUUUAUACUUUGAAAUAAUAUAGAAAUAUAUAAAAAAAUAGAAACACAUAAUUUGAAUAGUAAUUUAUGGUAUUACAGUAAA